AAAUGUCGGUGCACUACAAAUUCAAAAGCACGCUCGACUUUGACACGAUCACGUUCGACGGGCUGCACAUAUCGGUGGCGGAUCUGAAGAAAUCCAUCAUACAGCAGAAACGGCUCGGCAAAACGGUUGACUUUGAUCUGCAGAUUACCAAUGCGCAGACCAAGGAAGAGUACAAUGACGAUAAUAUGCUGAUACCGAAAAAUACGUCGCUCACGAUCGCACGUGUACCGGUAAAAAAUACGGGCAAAAAGAAUUGGGAGAAAGCGGCAGCGGCGGCGGAGGCGAAUAGUGUGCCGGUACCGACCACACGCGGCAAACACGAUGCGGCCAGCUCCCAAACCAAUGUCGAUCUGUCGAUGAUGAACGGCACGGAGGAGGACAAAAUCCGCGAGAUGAUGUUUCAAAGCACGGCCGAAUAUGAUCCUACCAACUAUCAGAAAGUUCGUGGUACACAGACGGGCGAAGUUCCGAUGAACUAUAAGUGCUACCGUUGCCACAAACCGGGCCACUGGAUAAAGAACUGUCCAAUGGGCCCGUUGCCAAAGGAAAGCAUGAUGGAAGUAAAGCGAACGUCCGGCAUACCGCGCUCCUUUAUCGAGCGCGACAAGGAGGUGGGAAACAAUCCGGCCAUGCAACCGGUACAGAUGCCACCGGAAGAGAAGCAAGUCAUACCGGAAGAUCUGAUCUGUAGCAUUUGCAAGGAUCUAUUCACGGACGCCGUCAUGAUACCGUGCUGCGGUAGUUCGUUCUGUGACGAAUGUGUUCGUACGGCGUUGCUUGAAUCGGAGGACAACGAGUGUCCGGACUGCAAGGAGAAGGGUUCAUCGCCCGGUUCGCUCAUUCCGAACCGAUUUCUGCGUACCUCGGUUAAUGCGUUCCGCAACGAGACGGGUUACACGAAAUCGAUACCAAAAGCUACCGCAGGGCGGAAACAAACAAAACCCGAAGAAACACCUACAGUAGACAGUACUACCACCACUACUGGUGGCUUAGCAUCAUCUUCGUCAUCCGGACCGUUUGGUGGUGUUGAAGCUGGCGGAGGUACACCGAUCGGAAGUUCUAUUUCUACUACCACAGAGCUUGUGGAAUCGUCCACGUACGAGGAGGAAGGUGGACACCGUAAUGCGGUAAUCGAUAGCAAUCCACAGUUGUUUGACGAAAUUUCCCAGCAUGGUGAUCUAGGUUCUCCACGGCAGGAGAACAAUGAGCUGCCGGCAGGCAUGGGUGGUUCACAGAUGGCCGGUAGUGGUCCUGGGUUCGAUAAUGAAUCGGACUACGAGGACAAUAUCACGGUUACCGUGCCACCAGCUCAUCUGCAGAGUCGCGGUGCCUUUCGUGGACACUACAAUGGGGGCGGUGGUGGUCGGCCGAUCCGCCAUGGAAGAUCGCACGGUCACGAUACGCCACCACCGAACGAGCGACAGAUGGUGCUGAAUCAGCAUGUUGGCUAUGGUGUUAGCAGGGAUGGCAAUAAUGGAGGACGUGGUAGUGAGCUGUUGGAGAGGGAGAGAGAAGACGAGCACCGACGUCGUAUGCCGUUGCUGGAGGAGAAAGAUAGCGAAGGGUAUGGGGCUGGUGGUGGUCCGCACGGAAUGUUGAAUGAACGUGGCCGUGGCGAGUACGACGAUCGAUCGCCGGAAUAUCAUCAUGGGGGCAGUGGCGGUGUUGGUAGUGCAGGAGGUGCAGGGGGAGGAGGAGGAGGUCGUGGUCUGAUGCCAAUUCCACAUAAUCAUCAGCAGCAUGUGCAGCCGAUCGGAACGGCUAUGGGACAUUCUGGUGGUGUUGGUGGCGUAUAUAUGGGACCUGGUAAUAACGGAGGUUACGGAGGACACGUAGGACAUCCGCAACAGUACGGUGGAGGAGGUGGUAAUGGCCCAGGGGGAGGAUACGGUAUGCAGCAGCAGCAGGGUGGUGGUGGUUAUCCACCGCAGCAACGAUCAUACGAUCAUCACGGUGGAAUGUAUCCUGGUGAUCGUCCACCUCGGGGGAUGAUGUAUCCGAUGCGUGGGGGAGGGUUCAUGUCACACCAUCCACCCCACCUGAGACAACGUCCGAUGGGUCCAGGACCGAUGGGAGGCGGCUAUCCGAAUGUACAUCCUUCUAUUGGACCUGGUGUUAUCGAUGAUCCGCUGGAAGCGUUCAAUAGAAUUAUGCGCGAGAAAGAGUUGCGCAAAAAGCAGGAACAACAGCAGCAACAAAUGCGUCGAAAUCGUUCCCCCAUGGGCGGCGACCGAGGACGACGGUCUCGCUCGUUCGACAAUGGUGGUCGAGGGGGUGGUGGUGGAGGCGGUGCUCGUGGGAAUUCUUCAGACAGAAGACGGACAUCGCGUCAAAGGUCUCCGGAUAGACGUCGAUCUCCGGACGAUAAGCAUCCUGAUGAGCGUGAUCGUAUGCGUGAGCGUCGGCGUAAUCGAUCCAGUUCGUACAGUUCCGCUAGUUCACGAUCGUAUACAAGAUCCAAGUCUCGUUCGCCGGUAAAACGAAAUAAACCAUCCCCUCGGAAACGGUCCCGUAGUCCGGGCUAUAGGGAUAGGCGUAGCAGAAGCCGAUCAGGAUCGUUUGGUGGAAUGAGAUACAGGGAUCGUCGGGAUGAUCGUCGCCCGGGAGAUUUCAACAGAGAUCGGUCGCCUGGAUUUAAUCAAAACUUCGGGUUUGGCAAUCGUCCUCCUAGAGGUGGCGGAGGUCCAAGAGGACGCAUACGUGGAAAUGGUCGAGACAUGGGUGGAGGCAUGCAACAUUUCCCACCACGAGGGUACGAUCGUCACCAAUCCGAUCGCCAUCUGUUACCGAUGCAGGGUGGACGGCAGGACGAUCUACAUCAUCAACAAGGCAGCUUUAUGCACGGUCAGCAGCAUAUGGGCGACUAUCGUGACGGCCAGCAAGGACCGAUUGGCAAUAGUAGUGGACCACACGGUAGUGGCAGUAUGAUGGGCAGCGGUGGACCAGCAGGAGGGCCUUCGAUGCAAACGGGUUUGCCGGUUGGCGCACAGUCAAACAGAUAUCCGGGACGUGAUGAACGAGAGCGAAGCAUUGGCAGCUAUGGAGGCGCAAAGCAGCAGUCAGACUUUGGUGAUGCUGAAGGCGAUCAGCAUAUAAUGCAUCCACACUCAAAGAACAUGAGCGAUCGUCGCAGAACAUCUAGUCGCCAUUCGUCUCCUAGUGGUGGUGGACAUCAGCAGCCGAAUGUUGGCCAUGAUUCGGGUGCAGAGCGGGGUAGAGAUGGCGAUUGGGCUGGAGAAUUUUCUGAAGAAUCCGGAUACCAUCAACAACAUCAUGCGCAGGGCCGACAUGACGAUCAUGCAGAUCGUCAAAGUACAGAAAUUAAGGGCGCUCGUGAAUCCGACCACAAAAGUGUCGAUCAUCGACCAUCAUCAACCGGACCACCUGGUGGUGGUAGCAGCAGCCAUGGUCGAGGAAGAUCACGUUCUCGUGACCGCAAACGUACAGCAGGUGGAGCGCAUGAAGGAUCCGAUCGAGAUGGUUCGGACAGACGAAGGCAUCGAUCGAAGCGUUCGGAAUCUGCUGAAAGGCACGAAAAAUCGAGUUCGACCGCUAACCGUGGUACGCGUUCAACCGGCGAGCACGACAAGGACAAGCAGGAUCGUAGUAAACAUCAGCUCGCUGAAAAGGAUAAACGGAACGAUUCGGAUCUACAUGGCCGCCGGGACGAGCGUGACCAUCGGGAUCGUGAUCGUGGAAAGGAACGUAGUGAUAAUGAUCGCGACCGUGAUCGUGACCGGGAUCGUGAUCGUGAUCGCCAGCGAGAAAGAGACCGCGAGCGGGAAAAGGAUCGCAACAAGGACAAAGAGCGCGAUACGGAUCACGAUCGGGCGGAGCGUGAUCGAAGGAAGGAAAAGGAGCGCGAGAAAGAGAGAGAAAAGGAGCGUGAACGGGAACGGGAGCGCGAGAAGGAACGGGAAAAGGAAAAAAUACGUGAACGGGAAAAGGAUCGCGAUAAGGAUAAUAAGGACCACCGGGACAAGGAUAAUAAGGAGCGCGAGAAAGAAAAGGAUGGAAAGGAAGUGGCGAAGGUGAAAAAGGUCCGUGAUUCGAGUGAUGAAGAUCGACGCGAUAAAAAGAAGGAUCGCGAUAAGAAGAAGCGCAAAAAGGAUAAGGAGGUGGAAAAGCGCAAACACAAGAAGGAACGCAAGGAGAAGGAGCGACGGUCGAAAGACCGGCGCAACAAGGAACGGAAGACGGUGGAGAAAGAGGAACCGGACAGUUCACAGCAACCGGCUACCCCAACCGCUGCCAGGGAUCAUCGAGAUGAGGAUGCGAUUGUGAAACACACGGGAGGUGGUGACUUCGAAGAUCAGAAGAACGAUGCACGUGAUAGCCGGUCAAAUGAGCGAGAGGAACGUGAACGUAGUCAGGCGAGUGUAGCUAGCGAUGACCCGAAGCGUGAUAGCGAUACCGGUGAAUCUGGUGCUGAAGACGAGGAUCAACGUGAAGAGGCGGAGCAGCAUCAUGACGAGGACCCGCUAGACCAGCAUCUGGAACAUCAGCAAGAAGCUCACAUCGAUGGCCACGAUCAUGCGGAUCUGUAUUCGGACAUACCGGAAAAGUAUGAAGCAGAUCAGCUCGAAAUGUCCGUACUGGAGGGUGAGCGAAACGAUCUCGAGGCGGAAAGUGCAACCGGACUUGCCGAUAGUACGGAAAGCCAGGAAGAGAAUCCUUCAAAGCACGAUACUACCGCGGACAGUGAUACGCUGAUGAAACGGUCUGAUUCCGUACUGGAUCUACACGCUAAUCUAGACUACGAACAAGAGCUUGACGAAGGCGAACAGAUGUUGUUAUCCUCCCAAACGAAGGAGGACGACAACGGUUCCGUAAUGCCUGAGCUGUCAAAGUGGGAAAUGGAUGAAGAGGGUCAGAUUAAUUCAUCAACGGAGCAACAGGGAUCAGAAACACCUUCGCACGAAGAACAGCUGGCCGGUGAUCGGGACGCUCUACAACUAUCUAGCGGCGGUAAGGUUACGAACGAGGUGCUGAAACGAGCAGAAAAUGCAAUUUUCACGCGUGCCAUCAACGCAAUACGGCCAAUCGAAAUUAAAAAGAUAAGUGUUGAGCGACUGAAGCUUUACACGGCCGGAAGUGGUAAUAUGUCGCAUGAUGGAGGGUCACCUUCAAGGAUGCUAGAGCUUGCACCGGAACACGAAGAGCCAAAGUUGAGUUUCCAGGUUACUGUACCCGUCAACGAUGAUCGGGCGGAACGAUCGGUGGCACUGAAGCAAAAGUUUGACAUUAAACUGGAAAAUCGCUCGUCACCGGUAAGGACAUCAGUAAAGGAACGGUUGGGUUGCAAGGUGACGGAUAACUCAUCACAGUUUUCGUCCGGAUCACGAACUCCGCCGCCAAGUCGUAAAGUGAGUGUCUCAAACGAUAACGGUAGUAGUCGUAUGAAAUCGUUUGCCGAUCGUCGUCGAGGAUCGUCACGAAGUCGCAGUCGAACGCGGGACGGAGAAUCGGAUGGUCGCAAACACGCGGACCGAAAUCGUUCCGGCAGUGGUAAGCAGGAUGGAAACAAAAAGCAACAACAACAACCCGCCCAACCGAACAGACGGACAGCUAGUAGCGGCGGCCGUCACAACGAUGACCGACAGCAAUCGAUGCGCGAUCGCAAAGAGGACACACGGCGGAAUAGUCGCGAAAGAAGUGACAGUAGGAAAACUGAUCAGCAACGUCAACGUGGACGGAGCCGUGAACGGGAUCGAGAAAAUCAUCGAGGCUCUGGACGUCGUGGUAAUAGCCGGGAUCGUAAGGAAACCGUAUCACCUGGUGCGAAAAAAGGCGAAAGCUCCCGCAAGGAUGUUCCGGAUACGCACCGAAACAAGCACCAAUCGCAGCGGGAAGAUGCGUCCGGACGUGUAUCAUCAUCGAAAUCUAGUAGUAAUCGGGAUGACAGCUCUGUUCAGCCAUUGCGUGAAGCGGGUACUGUAGAGGAGAAAACUGGAACUGCUGCUCCAAGUUCAACGACGGGAGCUGGUGGCCAUGAACGAUCACGGGGUGAACAUUCUCCCGUCGAGCGAGCAUCCCGUAAACGAUCAGCAGAACAUCUUCGUGAUGUAAGAUCCCCAGAACGGGAUGAGGAUGUGCCGAAACGGGACGAGUCGUCAGUAGGUGGUGCCGUUGCUGGACCAAGCAGUAGCAGCAGCAAGAGAUCAAAGUUGGAAAAAGGGUCUGGCAAAUCGAGCAAAUCGGGUGGCGGCGGUGGUGGAAGUACGAGCGAUUCGAGCAGUUCCGAUUCGGAUUCGUCAUCGUCCGAGAGUAGUCCGGAAACGGACGAUGCUGGCGGAACUAGGGGUAGCAGCAAGAAGCGCAAAAAGCGAAAGCACAAGAAAGAUCGCAAGCGUGCCAAACGUUCCGCCGCGACAACGGAAACGGAUGACGAGUCUGGUGGGAAGCGCAAAAAGUCGAAAAAGAAAUCAAAAUCGUCUAAGAAGAAGAAAAAAUCCAGCAAACACAAGAAGGACUAG